GCCCCAAUGAGGAAGAGCGUCGUAUUCAUUUCCGGGGCAUGCUUGUGACCUUUCAACUCGGUUACUAAAACUACUUCCUUUCUUGAUUUGGCUUUCCGAAGCGAAGUAAGAGGAGAUGGCACCUCGUAAGGGAAAGGAGAAGAAGGAGGAGCAGGUGAUCAGCCUCGGUCCCCAGGUCGCCGACGGCGAGAACGUCUUCGGAGUGUGCCACAUCUUUGCCUCCUUCAACGAUACCUUCGUGCACGUCACUGAUCUCUCUGGGAAGGAGACCAUCUGCCGUGUGACCGGUGGGAUGAAGGUGAAGGCAGACAGAGACGAGUCCUCUCCCUAUGCCGCCAUGCUGGCUGCUCAGGACGUGGCCCAGAGGUGCAAGGAGCUGGGCAUCACUGCCCUGCACAUCAAGCUGAGAGCCACUGGGGGCAACAGAACCAAGACCCCGGGACCCGGUGCUCAGUCUGCUCUCCGCGCCUUGGCUCGCUCCGGCAUGAAGAUCGGCCGCAUCGAGGAUGUCACUCCCAUUCCAUCAGACAGCACCCGUAGGAAGGGCGGACGUCGUGGUCGUCGUCUGUAAAGCGUUUCUUUCAUGGUCACCCAAUAAAUUGUUAAAUAGA